AUGGCCAUGACCCAGAAGUCAGCGCUGCGAGGCUUGCGCGCACUGCAGUCCACCCUCUGUGCAUCCUGUCGCCAUGCCCAGCCUUUCCGUCCCUUCUCGCAGUCGACCCGCGCACUCGCCCUGCUAGACAAGAGCGACAAGUCCGAACACACUAUCGACUCGCUCAUGGGCACCGUCGACAAGAACUUCCACCGGGCCUCACCAGACCACAUCUCCAACCUGAUCCCUGGAGCCGCACCGUCCGAGGCCUGGAACCUCAGGACCAAGGACUGGGACGAAGACACCAAGCACAAGCUGCACAUCUACGCAACCAAGCACAACACACACAUCACCCUCUCCAAGCCAAACAGAGAUGCCCUCAUAUCUGUUUCCUGUGGCAACAUUGGUUUUCGAAAGGCGGGGCGGGGCACAUACGAUGCUGGAUACCAAUUGGCAGCCUUCGUCAUGAGCAGGAUCCAGGACAAGGGCUUGCUCCCGCAGAUUCAGAAACUCGAAUUGAUCUACAGAGGCUUUGGGCCAGGAAGGGAAGCCGUCACAAAGGCGAUACUGGGCGCAGAAGGAAAGAGGAUACGACCGUUGAUUGUAAAGCUGAGCGACAGCACGCGGUUGAAAUUUGGUGGUGUUAGGAGCAAGAAGCCCAGGAGGCUAGGUUAG